CCUCCAAGACCACUAACUGGUGAAGGAGUUCAAGCACACGUCUACUCACACAUAGCUCAUACAUAUACGCAACCUUCUCCACGUCAAGUCUAUCUACCGAAAGAUGACACGAAAAUCGCGUGCGCCGCGUUGGUUAUCGAAAAACGAUUUGAGCAUUCCUUCCAUCUUAAACAUUGUUCUGACUAUUUUCCAGUCUCUUCCUUAUGUCACAUGAUUAGAGAACUAUCUUGUCUUUGA